AUGCCCGCCAACCUCGACACCCCGCCUGCCAUCCAGCUCAACGGUGCCACAGAGCCCACCACGAUGAAUCCUCAGCCCUCAGUACAGAACUUUGGCGAGCCCGCGCGGCCGGCGGUGCCCCAGCGUAAUGAUACAUCCUACUCGAAGUUCUCGACCAUGUCGGUGCCGCCAGAGGGGUCCAUAUUGACAGGCAAACAAGAGCACUACCUCAAGCGCGAACUCAUCUCCCAGCAAACAAAGUACGAAAUCGCCGAACUCUCCUCUCCUACAGCGCUGCGACGCUUUGGCGCACCCUUUCGCUCAGAUGCCGGCGAAGUUGCGCCGGAAGACUCAGAGCUGCCCCUCCUCCGCUACAUAUUCGUCAAUCAUGUUCGGAACUUUCCCUUCCUGGACAAGGCCAAAGAGAAGGAGUUCUGGCAGGACAAGCUACAAGUCUUCCUGGAGUCAUUCGCGAGCAAGGAUAUCUCAUCUUCAGAAGACCGCCUGGAAGAAACGAAGAGGAGAAAGCUAGCGCUCAAGGCCGAGAAGCUGGUCGAGCUGAUGAUGGUCUCUGGCAUCCCCACCGCCUCAGGCUACGAAGAAAGAAUACGCUUUGCCGAGAUGGAGAUUGUGGACCGACAGGCAGAUGAAAAGGGUCUUACGAUGAAUGAGCCGAGCGGACACGCUAUCAAUGGUUGGGACGUCAAUGUCGCAGGCGUCAGAACAACAUCGGUGAAGAGACAUCUCCGCUACCACACACAUGCGGAGUACCUCAUUCGUGUAAAGCACGACGGAGACAAGGACUUCUACAUUGGCCGCCGAUACGCAGACUUCGUUCAAUUGCACAAACGCAUACGUCUCGAACUUCCCGGAAAAGUGCUCGCUCCAUUACCUCGAAAGAAUGCGAAAGAUGGCCUCCUACAAUCAAGUGCUGAUGACGACGAUGUUAGCUCUAUCUCGUCAGGAUCUACCCAAGGACCUCCCCCUCCUGAACCUGUUGAGAGCAGUGGCGGUGGUUUGCGUAGCUAUCUCUGGGGCGGACAUAAGAAGAACGCCUCACAGACAUCACUAGGAAGACGUUCGCCGAGAGCCUCAGCGGACUUUUCAGCGUACAAAGCUCCUCGUAAGCUGUACAGGGAAGAACAACGUGUUUCUCUUCGCGCAUUCCUCCGAUCAUUCCUACACAACGAGCGAAUCGCCCAGUCAAGUGCCAUGGCUGAAUUCCUGACACACGAUCCCAUUGAGGUCAAUGAGGAAGAAAUGGAAGACAUCCAGAGGCGAGAAGAGAUGGACAAGAAGCGCAUCGAGGAACAAAAGCAGUUCUACGAAGUCGCGCGGAAGCGAGCAGCGGAGCUUGACAUCCACAUGGAGAAGUUCAGGAGAGAAAUUGUAGAGAGCAAUGGACUCUCACACCUGUUCCAAGAGGUCAGAGUCAAGAACACCAUCCGAGACCUGAAGCCAGAGUACCAAAAGUUCGCAGAGUGGUUACGGAUAGAAGUGGCUGCUACCAUCUACCAUUUGUUCCUAGCCGAGGACAAUUCCCCCGAGCUGUUUGCACAGGCGAAACGCAUACAUUCUCUCGUUCCUUACGGUGUCCUCAAGAACGUCAUUAGGAUAGCCAACCCUGCAGCCGUCAUGAGUGGGGUUCUGGAUCUGUUCCUUGCACAGCCGUUCGGCGCUCGUUCAUUACUUCAGCGUAUAUUUGGUAUGGCCAUCAACGACGGUGUCAACUCUGUACAGAAGACGAUCGACACACUUGGUUCCACGAGGAUCAAGGAUGAUGUUCUUUGCGACAAGAUCAAAGCAUACGUACAAGCGGAUGAAGGUGUCAAGGAAGCGAUUCGACAAGAAGCUGCGCGCGACAACGUCGAUGUCGUCGUGACCAUACUGCGCUCCGAGUUCUUCCAACCAGAAUUGUCUUCGCAACAAGUGGAGAAGGUUUUCAAUGCCUACGUUGCAUGGAACAACGCGGUCGAAAAUGUGAGAUCGAGCCGCCUCAGCAGAAGAGCUAGCACCCGCAGCACCGUCAGCACAGCUACUAACGCGACCGGUCAGGUCGAGAAGGAGAUGCGAUCUGGCGCUGAGCUUUUCGCGCACCUCAAGCAAUACUUGAAGCUGUGUCUCAGACAGAGGGAUAAGCUCAUGAUGCUCCAGAUCAUCGAAGAACCGACCACGCUGCAGCUCUUCCGGGAUUUGUUCACCAUCUUCUACGAACCUCUUGUCCGUGUAUACAAAUCCGCAAACGUUUACAACAGUAUUACCGACUUCGCCAUGUUCGCCGAUGACACCAUCAAAACCAUCGAAGCUUGUCAACGACAAGAAAUUUCUGCAGACCCCAAUCAAACCGUGCAGGCCUUCAUAGAUCUGUGCGCCCGCCACGAGGAUAACUUCUACAAGUUCGUUCACGAGGUGCACAAGCAUGACAACGGUCUCUUCGACCAGCUCAUGGGAUGGCUAGAGGGUAUCUUGGACUUCCUGCGUCACGGCCCUGGAAGUGGCGGUAAGCUUGAUAUGAAUGCGCUCUUCCAGGGUGGAAUCGAUUCAAAUAUGAUCGACAAGAACAAGGCCAUUCGUGAGAUCAACAGUCUGAUCAAGUGGCAAAUGGCGAGGAAGAAGUGGCAUUCGGACAAGACAAGGCAAAAGAUGGCGAGCGGUGGUGAUGACCCUGAUCCGCUUAUGGGUGGUAUCGCCGGCUUCAAGUCGAGCGACUUUGGGCUGAACGCGAUGGACCUCCAGGAUCUUGAACUCGAUGAUGAUGGUAGCGACUCCACCGACUCGGAAGACAUGGACGAUACAGAUAUCGCAGACCCGAUUGAGGCUGAGCGCAAGAGCCGAGCGCGCGCUGCUGAGAAGCUUCGGAGAAAGGCAGGCGAACCGAAAAAGCCACCUAUCGUGGAGCUAUACAAGCUCAGUGAUGGUUUCAACAGCAUGCUUAGAAACGUUCUCGCUUCGUAG